UGUAAAUGCUUAGAGUAGCUAUGUUUACCCUGUCCAGUUGUGUGAUACCCUUCAGUAGCCCCUCCCCAGUACUAGACCUCACAGGGGUUAGGGUGUACAUGCCCAGUCCUCAACAGAUGCUUGAACAUUAGCUAAUUAUUAAUUUAUUUUCAAACUGUAACUAAAUGAGUCGAGAAGAUCGCUCUUUGAAGGGUAUAGAGUAAAGAAUGACUUAGUGAUUUAAAGUAAUGGGGAUGCUAAGUUUACUCUCCAGAAUGUGCUGGCAGUAGAAGUGGGUGGAAGAGGCUGAGAGGAAAGCUUUGGGAAGGAAUCUGCUGAAGAAUCUGGUAGAAGAGGGGCUGGUACAGACUAGAGGGACACUGAGGUACCAUGGCAGUGGAAGUAUCAUGUGUGGGGGAGUUGGGAAUUUGAGAAGGGAGCACUUGGAUUGCAAGAUGAACUGGAGUCAGGUCAGAAAGACUUGAGAUACUAUAGGGAAGGGAGGACAUGGAGAGGUCAAAGAAAAUGCAGGUAUUGAUGAGGUCAGAGGAUGGAAUUGAACUGCUAGAAUUGGACUAUUAAUGAGUAAGUGCGGUUUUGAAAAUUUGUGUUUAAUUAUUUUUCUGUGCUUAAAAAGUAACAAGGAAACAUUAAAGUCUUUUAUUUGUGUGUAUAUGUGUGCAUACUGGUCCAUGCUAUUGCCCUCUUGUGGAAGUCAUAGGACAACAUCCCUCAACUCUGCAAGUCCCCAAGAUACAGCUUGGGUUGGCAGAUUCUUGUUGAAAUCUGUUAAUUCUAUUUUUCGAACACUCAUGAAUAACCACGCAUCUUCAAAACCAUCUACCAUGAAGCUAAAACAGACCAUGAACCCCAUACUUUUAUAUUUCAUAAAUUUUAUAAUAUAUCUCUAUACUAUUUUAACAUACAUUCCAUUUUACUUUUUGUCUGAGUCACGACAAGAAAAAUCAAACCAAAUUAAAGCAAAACCUGUGAGUUCAAAACCGGAUUCUGCAUUCAGAUCUAUUCACAGCUUGGACAGUUUGGCUUCACUAUUGUAUCCUGGCUGUGAUACACUUGAUAAAGUUUUUAUGUAUGCAAAAAAUAAAUUUAAGGACAAAAGGCUAUUGGGAACACGUGAAAUUUUGAAUGAGGAAGAUGAAAUUCAACCAAAUGGAAAAAUUUUUAAAAAGGUUAUCCUGGGGCACUAUAAUUGGCUUUCCUAUGAAGAUGUCUUCAUUAGAGCCCUUGACUUUGGAAAUGGGUUGCAGAUGUUGGGUCAGAAACCGAAGACCAACAUAGCCAUCUUCUGUGAGACCCGGGCUGAGUGGAUGAUUGCUGCGCAGGCAUGCUUCAUGUAUAACUUCCAGCUCGUUACCCUGUAUGCUACCCUGGGAGGUCCAGCCAUUGUUCACGGACUAAAUGAGACAGAGGUGACCAACAUCAUUACUAGUAAAGAACUCUUGCAAACAAAGCUGAAGGAUAUAGUCUCGUUGGUCCCACGUCUGCGCCAUAUCAUUACUGUUGAUGGGAAGCCUCCAACAUGGUCUGAGUUCCCCAAGGGUGUCAUUGUACACACCAUGACUGCAGUGCAGGCUCUCGGAGUGAAGGCCAGCGUGGAAAACAAAGCUCACAGCAAACCAUUGCCUUCAGACAUUGCAGUAAUCAUGUAUACAAGUGGGUCCACAGGAAUUCCAAAAGGAGUCAUGAUCUCCCACAGCAACAUCAUUGCUGCUAUAACUGGGAUGGCGAGAAGGAUUCCAAGUCUGGGAGAGGAAGAUGUAUACAUUGGAUAUUUGCCCCUAGCCCAUGUUCUAGAAUUAAGUGCCGAGCUUGUGUGUCUUUCUCAUGGAUGCCGAAUUGGCUACUCUUCACCACAAACUUUAGCAGAUCAGUCUUCAAAAAUAAAAAAAGGAAGCAAAGGAGACACAUCUAUGUUGAAGCCAACACUGAUGGCAGCUGUUCCGGAAAUCAUGGAUCGGAUCUACAAAAAUGUCAUGACUAAAGUGAAUGAAAUGAGUAGUUUUCAACGAAACUUGUUUAUUUUGGCCUAUAAUUACAAGAUGGAACAGAUUUCAAAAGGGUGUACUACUCCCCUGUGUGACCGCUUUGUUUUCCGGAAUGUUCGAAGGCUGCUGGGUGGAAAUAUUCGCCUUUUAUUGUGUGGUGGUGCUCCACUUUCUGCAACAACACAGCGAUUCAUGAAUAUCUGUUUCUGCUGUCCCGUUGGUCAGGGGUAUGGACUCACAGAAUCUACUGGGGCUGGGACCAUUACAGAAGUGUGGGACUACAAUACCGGCAGAGUGGGAGCACCAUUAGUUUGCUGUGAAAUCAAAUUAAAGAACUGGGAGGAAGGUGGCUAUUUUAAUACUGACAAACCACAUCCCAGAGGUGAAAUUCUUAUUGGUGGCCAAAAUGUGACAAUGGGGUACUACAAAAAUGAAGCAAAAACAAAUACUGAUUUCUUUGAAGAUGAAAAUGGACAGCGGUGGCUCUGCACGGGAGAUAUUGGAGAGUUUGACCCUGAUGGUUGUCUGAAGAUUAUUGAUCGUAAAAAGGACCUUGUGAAACUGCAGGCAGGAGAGUAUGUUUCUCUUGGGAAAGUAGAGGCAGCUUUGAAGAACCUCCCACUGAUUGAUAACAUUUGUGCGUAUGCAAACAGUUACCAUUCUUACGUAAUUGGAUUUGUUGUGCCAAAUCAAAAGGAACUCACGGAGCUAGCUAGAAUGAAAGGAUUUAAGGGGACCUGGGAAGAGCUGUGUAACAGCAGUGAAAUGGAAAAUGAAGUCCUUAAAGUGCUUUCUGAAGCUGCUAUUUCAGCAUGUCUGGAAAAAUUUGAAAUUCCACUGAAAAUUCGUUUGAGCCCUGACCCAUGGACUCCUGAAACUGGUCUGGUGACGGAUGCCUUCAAGUUGAAACGCAAAGAGCUUAAAACACAUUACCAGGCAGACAUUGAACGGAUGUAUGGGAGAAAAUGAUUAGUUUGGCAUUAGUUUGCUAAAGCGAGCUCAGAUCAAAUAGGAAAAUACUUGAAAUGUGUGUCUCAGGCCGAGGCAAACUCCAUUCCUCAUAUUAAACCCCAGCUGUUACUUCUCACCACGUCACCAUUUUUAACUGACAGGAUUAGUAAAAUAUUAAGACAGCAAACUUGUGUCUGUCUGUUUCUUCCCCCCUCCUCCAGUUUGCUUUGGCAUCUAUGACUGUGUUUGUCAAUAGGAGAAUUUUUCUGAAUCAUACUGGGGAAGCAGUGAUUUUAAACCUCAAGUUUUUAAACAUGAUUUAUAUGUUCUGUACAAUUGUUCAGUUUGUAACUUUUUAAAGUUUGGAUGUAUAGAAGGAUAAAUAGGAAAUAUAAAAAUUGGUUAUUUGGGGGGCUUUUUUACUUAUUGUAUUUAAAAACAAGGGUAUCAAUGUGAAAUUAUGUAAAUUUCAAAUGCUUAUGAAUCAAGUCACUGUUGAACAAAAGAUUUGUUGCUGUGUAAUUAUUGUCUUGUAUGCAUUUGAGAGAAAUAAAUAUACCCAGACUUAUGUUUUAAGAAAUUGA